AUUUUUUCCUUCUUUGCUUGAGCAGUGAGCAACAGCAACCAAUAUCCUGCUAGCAAGUGCCUGAGCAGUUAGCAGUGGCAGUGAGCAGCAACAGUGCACCACAACAGUCCAAUCUCUCCCUCCCCUGCGGCAAAGAAGAUCAAAUUUAUGUUUGAAUUUAAAUUUCUGGAAGCCUCUUCUUAAAUCUUUGUGAAAGUAAAAUCGAGAUUUCAAACGAGUUUACGAUUCAAAACGCGAUUUUGACAACACUGAUUCUCUACAUUUGUGAUUUCUGAACCAAAUGAGAUGCUUUGUGCUUGAAGAAAACCAGUUUUAGAAUUUCUUGUUUCUCUGUAUUUUUAUUGCUGUAGAGUAAAGAAAUCCUUAAGGGACAAAAGGAAAGCAAGAAAGAAUGCCGUGUCUCUAUGUCGAAGAAUAAAAUUAGGUGAAACAGAUUGUGUCUUCUAAGUUUUAACAACCUGACACAAUCGAAUUUGUAAAGGGAGUAGGGAAACAGUGUAUAAGUUACGAUCAUGGCAUUAUUCUUUUUCACCUGAUUUAUGAGGAAAGUCCACCAUUCUAUUGAAGAAGUUAUACCACAUUGCAGAGCCAAACUAUGUCGUCUCAGGGUGUACAAUUGCAUAUUCAAGACAAAUAUGUGGUGAUGGAAAAUGGGAUACUCCAAGUGACAAUAUCAAGCCCCGAUGGAAUUGUAACAGGAAUUCAGUACAAUGGCAUUGAUAACUUGCUUGAAGUUGAAGAAGAUGACUUAGUUCAUAGGGGGUACUGGGAUUUAGUAUGGAGUGAAGCAGGAAGUACAGGAACAACAGGAACUUUUGAUGAGUUUAAAGGAACCAGUUUUAACGUUAUAGUGGAAAAUGAGGAUCAAGUGGAGAUAUCAUUCACCAGAACAUGGGAUUCUUCUCUAGAGGGAACAGUGGUUCCUUUGAAUUUAGACAAAAGGUUUGUAAUGCUUCGAAAUUCUUCGGGAUUCUACUCCUAUGCUAUCUUUGAACACCUGCAGGAAUGGCCUCCCUUUAAUCUGCCCCAAACCAGAAUUGUCUUCAAGCUUAGAAAAGACAAGUUUCACUACAUGGCAAUAGCAGACAACAGGCAGAGAUUCAUGCCUCUUCCUGAUGACAGGUUGCCUGAUAGAGGCCAACCACUUGCUACCCCAGAAGCAGUCUUACUUGUCAACCCUAUUGAGCCAGAAUUCAAAGGAGAGGUUGAUGACAAAUAUCAAUAUUCUUGUGAGAACAAAGAUCUCCAGGUCCAUGGGUGGAUAUGCCUUGACCCUCCUGUUGGGUUCUGGCAAAUCACUCCAAGCAGUGAGUUCCGAUCAGGUGGACCUGUCAAACAGAAUCUAACAUCACAUGUUGGGCCCUAUGCUCUGGCUAUGUUUCUUAGUGCUCACUACGCGGGAGAGGACUUAGUGCUGAAGCUGAAACCAGGAGAACCCUGGAAAAAGGUAUUUGGCCCAGUUUUCAUGUAUCUGAAUGAAGGCGACCCGAUUUUACUCUGGGAGGAUGCUAAGCAACAGAUGUUAAGUGAAGUCCAGAGCUGGCCCUACAAUUUUCCAGCAUCUGAGGAUUUCCCUUCGUUUGAUCAACGGGGCAACGUUAGAGGCAGACUACAAGUUCAGGACAGGUAUGUUAGUGAUAAAUGCAUACCAGCAAAUAGUGCUUAUGUGGGCUUGGCACCACAGGGAGAGGUUGGAUCUUGGCAAACAGAAUGCAAGGGUUACCAGUUUUGGACCCAAGCAGAUGAAGAAGGCUACUUCUCAAUCAAUAACAUAAGGACUGGUGAAUAUAACGUUUAUGCUUGGGUGCCUGGUUUCAUAGGAGAUUACAGAUAUGAUGUUACUAUUAACAUUAGUGAAGGAUGUGAGAUUGACAUGGGUGAUCUGAUAUUUGAGCCUCCUAGAAAUGGAGCUACCUUGUGGGAAAUUGGCAUCCCUGAUCGUUCAGCUGCAGAAUUUUAUAUUCCUGAUCCUGACCCUAAGUACAUCAACGGACUUUAUGUCAACCAUCCUGACAGGUAUAGGCAGUAUGGAUUGUGGGAAAGAUAUGCAGACCUGUACCCUGAUGAAGACUUGGUUUACACGGUUGGAAUUAGUGACUACACAAAAGACUGGUUCUUUGCUCAGGUUAACAGGAAGAAAGAUGAUGGUACCUACCAAGGAACUACGUGGCAAAUCAGGUUCAAACUUGAAACUGUAGAUCAUGGUGGGACUUAUAAAUUGAGAUUGGCACUGGCAACUGCACAUUUGGCUGAAUUACAAGUUGGGAUCAACGAUGCAGAAGUAGAUCCUCCUCUGUUCACAACUGGGCAAAUUGGGCAUGACAACACUAUAGCAAGGCAUGGAAUUCAUGGUCUCUACCGGCUUUACAAUGUAGAUGUCCCGGAUGUUCUGCUUGCAGAAGGGGAAAAUACUAUUUUUUUGAAACAGGCUAUAAACACUGACCCUCUACAAGGGAUCAUGUAUGACUAUAUCAGGCUUGAAUGCCCUCCCUCCUCCUCCCCUUCAUAGUUUCAACAGACAGCUGUUGAUUUGUACAAUUGUAUGGUAUUUUAUUCCGUCUCUUAAUAGAUAUACUAGUACAAA